CGUGACCCGCCAAGGUGGCGGCGCUCUUCCGUGGGCAGCGGAGUGGCGGGUAAUGGGAUCAUGACUGCUCCAAGGCACAGGACUGUAGUCCAGGGCGAAGCUUCGGAGACAGAUUCAGAGGAAGAGGUGUAUCUGACCUCUGUGCCGGGUGGUUCCUUGCCGCCUGUUUAUGGGGUGAAAGUCCCUGGGGAGGCUUCUGAAACAGACGAGGAGGAAGAUGCAGGACCCCUUGGCCCAAAAGCAAAGCCUAAGUUAAUCAGCACAGAGUUGCCCCCGCUGGUCGUGUUCCGGAAUGAAGAGCUGGGCUCUCCUACAGCCGUCGAGGAGAAGCCCGCCCUGCGUAUCCAGCACCACGGGCGCUACAGCACCCUGCUGCAGCAGAAGCUGAUAGAGAGUAACACCCGCCUGUACUACGAUGUCAACAGCACCAUCAAGCAGGUGUACCAGACGGCCGUCAGAGAGAUCGGGGCCAUUACUGGGCAGCUCAGUAACUCUCAAAACGGCAUCAUCAGUGCCUCGCAUAACAUCCGGCUUGUCCUGGAGGACUUACGUGCUGUUGCAGACAAGAUAGACAUCAUUACCAGCUGCAAUCUGUUGCCCGAUAUCCAGAUAGAGCCGCCCCCAUUACACACCUAGCUGCAUCAGCAACAGGUGUUUCUUGCUCACAGCAGCUCCAGGCAUGCUGGUGCCCGGACUCUAAGGUGCAGCAAGACACUGAAGCAGUGUGGACUUUUGCUGCCUGGGGUUUAAAUCACAGCACUUGUAUAAGCCCAUAAUGAUCAAGUGUGACUCUUCUGACAGAGCAAAAUCAAACAAAAUAAAGUUGCUCUUGAUA